AAGUCUGGAGGGGAGUGCUCUGAAGAGUUUGGAGCUGCACAGAGGUGACUGUAACUCCUCUAGCAAUUUCAGACUAUUCUUCUCUAGCUCAGGACAAAAGCCUUUUCUUUGCCUCCGUGUUCAAAGAGACAUUUGUCUUGAGAUGUUGCAGCUGUGGGCCGUGGGAUUGCUUGUUUGAAGAUACCCCCUCGUAGACGAGAGGAGAGUCAGCGCACUGAAAAGUGGUAGUAUUUUAUCCUGUGUGGGUUUUUCCCUCUUCUCCUCCCUCCCUCUUCCGCUACCAUGUGUGGUUUUUAAUAAGAAGAAGAAUGUGGAGGCAACAUUUUCCAGGUAUUCGUCCACAAAUAAUGAAUGGCCCUAUGCACCCUCGUCCCUUGGUGGCUUUGUUAGAUGGAAGGGACUGUACAGUAGAGAUGCCAAUUCUGAAGGACUUGGCGACUGUUGCAUUCUGUGACGCACAAUCAACUCAGGAGAUUCAUGAGAAGGUAUUAAAUGAAGCAGUUGGGGCAAUGAUGUACCACACCAUCACGCUGACCCGGGAAGAUCUAGAAAAGUUCAAGGCCCUUAGAGUCAUUGUUCGAAUAGGCAGCGGCUAUGACAACAUCGACAUCAAAGCAGCGGGGGAACUCGGGAUUGCCGUCUGCAAUAUCCCAUCAGCAGCUGUGGAAGAGACUGCUGAUUCCACCAUAUGCCACGUCCUAAACCUCUACAGACGGAACACAUGGCUUUACCAGGCGUUGAGGGAAGGGACCCGCGUGCAGAGCGUGGAGCAGAUAAGGGAGGUGGCCUCAGGAGCAGCUCGGAUCAGAGGAGAAACUCUUGGCCUCAUUGGAUUUGGUCGCACUGCGCAGGCGGUGGCAGUUCGAGCCAAGGCGUUUGGAUUCAAUGUGAUAUUUUAUGACCCGUACCUGCAGGAUGGGAUAGAAAGGUCCCUGGGAGUCCAGAGAGUCUACACACUCCAGGACCUGCUGUAUCAGAGUGACUGUGUAUCGUUGCACUGUAACCUUAAUGAACAUAAUCACCACCUUAUCAAUGACUUUACGAUCAAGCAGAUGAGGCAGGGAGCAUUCCUAGUAAACACAGCACGCGGUGGGCUUGUGGAUGAGAAAGCCUUAACUCAAGCCCUGAAGGAAGGAAGGAUACGAGGGGCAGCACUCGACGUGCACGAAUCGGAACCAUUUAGUUUUGCUCAAGGUCCGUUGAAAGAUGCCCCUAAUUUAAUUUGUACUCCGCACACGGCUUGGUACAGCGAGCAGGCGUCGCUAGAGAUGCGAGAAGCUGCUGCUACUGAAAUCCGGCGCGCGAUCACAGGUCGCAUCCCCGAAAGCCUAAGAAACUGUGUGAACAAGGAAUUCUUUGUCACAACAGCUCCAUGGUCAGUAAUAGAUCAGCAAGCAAUUCAUCCAGAGCUCAAUGGUGCCACAUACAGGUAUCCACCUGGCAUGGUCAGUGUAGCACCUGGAGGCAUUCCAGCAGCUAUGGAGGGCAUCAUCCCUGGAGGCAUUCCCGUUACUCACAAUCUUCCAACAGUGGCACAUCCAUCCCAAGCUCCAUCUCCUAAUCAGCCCACAAAACAUGGGGACAACAGGGAACACCCCAACGAGCAAUAGCAGAUAACUUAAAAAUCAUUCAAUAAACUUGGGACCAAGAGACAUUGGGGAAAAAAGUUAUACAUGAACUUAAAAAAAAUUUGAUACAAAAUUUGUAAUGUUGAUUUUGGACAGAUGCAUCACUGAUGUUCCAGUGUUAACAACAAAGUGAUAGCAGUCAAGACUGGGGAGAAACCCUGAAGAAGUCAUCUGCUUACUGAAGCGCUGAAAACUAGGAUGUGAUACAUAAACGAUCAGCUUCUAUUAUUGUAUGUUAAGUUUCCUUCAUCUGUGCAUCAAAUCACAAAAUAGAUCUUUCCCUUCUCAAACCUUUGGGAAUAGCAGGGCUAACGAACCUGUAUUCAGAACAUUGCAUUAAGCAAUCCUCACGGAGUUAACAUUAGAAAUUUAAGAGGAAACCAUCAUGUGGCUUCAGCCCUUUCCUUCCUCAUGUAUCUUAGUUACCUCUUCUUGCAGUAGGAGAAAAUACUGGCCUAGAGAUAAGAAAAAAUUAUCUUGUUGCAGUCUUACAUGGCCAGCAACAUACAGAAAAGUUCUCCUAAUGUGUUUAGAUGUAGCCAUUCAGGCGAGGAAUCUUGGGCUGGGGGGUGGAGGGAGAAAAGGUAUAUAGCAAUAUUCACUUCUCUCCAACCUCUCCCCACCAAAUGAAAAUGUGUCAUCUGACCAACACACUGAAUAAAGUAGCUGUAAGUUCAGUUAUGCCCUCCAAUGAUGCAAAAAAAAAAAAAAAAAAUUAAAUUUCACUCACUAUUUGUACUCAAAUAUAUUUUCUCAGUUUUAAAUCUGCAGCUAUUUUAUCAAGUGGAAAAAAGUCUUGAGCUGGAAAGGGUUCAAGAAUAAUGUUGCAUUUCCUUAUGUCUCAGGAAACACUUUUUAUGGUAACUUGUCAGACUGUCUAUGAACAAAACCCACUUUUUUAGACAUUGAUAAAGUCUUCUUUUCUUCACGUGAUAUUUUAUACAAGAACACUUCAGAAAUGUGUUAUUAGAUGUGACUGAUUUUAACAAAUCCUAUUAGAUUUGUAUCAACUAGUUACAUGUUAUAUUCAUAGUCUUUUGUGAAUCAUCGCCUUUUUGUUUAAAAAAAGAUGGCCUAUUUUGAGCCUUUGUAUGGGUACAUUCCUGUUUCUGUGACAAAAAAAAAUCUUAAGCUGUCCCAAACAGAAAAAAAAACAAUGGCUAUCAGAAAUCUGUUUUGUUUUAGUGUGUUACCGUUAUUGUAUUUGUUUAUUGUAAAGGUGAACAUUUAGCGUUCAGUGCAGUUUUCAAUAAAAAGUGAUAAAAUUUCUAUAAUUUCUGAAAUGUAAGAGCCCUUGAAGCAAUUUAAUGAUGUUUCCAAGUGAAAACCUGAGAACGUAAAUUAAGGUAUACAAGUGCGACUAUAAUGCUCUAGUACCUCCACUUUGAAAGAGAAUGACUACGCAAUUCAGAGGCAGAGCAUAUGUGGCUUUAGUGCAAGUAGUCAGAGCUGCCUCAACUUCAGAGCUGUGACGCGUCAGAGACCGACUGUCAGCUACCAACGGCCAGAGUUUCACUGACUCCAGCAGAGCGAUGACGAUUUACAUCAGAUGAGGCUCUACACUUAGGUACCUUCUCAAAAUGCAAGUGUGAGACUGCAGGGGGUAGGGGGUGCGGAGGAGACGGGACAGUUCAGAUUUGCCAAUUCAUAGUGAAUUCUCAACUUCUCAAAAUUAAAAAGGUAGCCAA